GCAAACACACGGCAGGAAACGUAGCUACUGUUCGGGGUAUUUAAGGGGCAGCCUAACGCAGCCCGGAGAAGUUAUCGCAGCCCGCUGUUCACCUGGCCCUCUCUGAUCCUGUUCUCUUCCUUUUCUGUAGAAGAGCAGAAUAUUCAAGAUUCAACCUACAGUGAUGAACGGUGGGAUCUGUGUGUGCGUGCUGCUGGCAGCUCUUUCCACCAGCUGUCUCGGACGCCCCUCUUCAAACACACAGGAUGAGAGCAGGGCUGCCCAGUCCCAAGUGGACACUGUCCUGUCCGAACACAUGCGCGAAGCCCGCUCCACGCCUCUUAGCGACCAGCAAAAACCCAAAGCAGAGGAGGGUGUGGAUUCCCGGGCCAGCCUGACUGAACUGCUGGCAAGGUUGAUAUCUAGGAAAGGAAACACCCGCAGAAACUCCACCAUAAACAGCCGAGCGAGCGGCCUGAGCGCCAACCACAGAAUAAAGGACAGAGAUUACCUGGGCUGGAUGGACUUCGGGCGUCGCAGUGCCGAGGAAUACGAAUACUCGUCAUAAAGCACACCUGUACUCUGAAAUUCUGAACAGAGAGACAGAGAUUCAUUUCAAUUUGUAGUCUUGGAAGUUGGUGUCUAAAAUAUAUAUAUUUAUUAUGUAUUUGAUGUACAUUUGUUUUUAAACCUAAUAUGAUGCAAUAUAUAGCCUACAUAUGGCCGAUUUUACAGAAAAGGAGAAACUUGUUCAUGUUCCGGUUUCUUUUCAUUUGGUGAUAACGUGGCAUUAAAUUAUUUAAUCACAUACACAUAUUUGUUCAUACAAAGUCCAGUCAUGUGCUCUCAGUGAGGAGCUAUUGGGUGUAUGAGAAUAAAUCCAGCGGUCAACAUUCAAGAUAGUUUGGUAGCUUGGUAUGUUGGGUUUUCUGCUUUAGGCCUAACCUGUGUGAAAUUAUAAGAGUUAUAUACACAUCAGCAGCUCUCUCACUCUCUGUCUCUCCAAUUAUUUAAACUUGGCCUUUUUGUUUUACACCCUGUUUUGCAAUACAUAAACUGCUCAUAGCCUUACACAUUGCAUCAUUGGCACUUACAGCAGGUAAAACGACAUGUUUGUGGAAAACGGACUUUAAUGAACAGCAGAAAAAAUGAUUAGGCCUACUACAGUCCCACAGGAGAUGGUCUACAGAGGUAAUUUAAUUUCUCAGAGAAAAUGUAACGCCGCCGUUCCACGCGCAGAAGAAAGACCACAAAUCGCUCCCUCGCACAAUAAAACGCAACAAUAUGAAACAUCAAAGGGGUGAUUAAGUGAGCAGCGCCAAUUUGCGAUAAGCCUGCAUAUAAAGUCGCUAAAUGAAAUAUACCUAUUUAGGAGGGAUUUAUGGCAGAUAAACGGAACGUUUUUAAACAAAUACCAAGCGCAACAGCAAUGGUAAAAUGAAUGUACAGCCUACAAUCUGAGCUCCAGAGUAUGUGCAACAAAUUAUUAUGUCUAUGUUUUGCGACAAAAUGUUACCUGGACUGGGCCAAUGAGAAGGCUAAUUAUUAAUAAUAAAAAUUAUAUUCACGGUAAUUUCGAGAGAAGGUACACCGAACCAAGGUUAAGAGGCCUGGAUCAACAGAUUUUGGGAGUUGGUCUUUACGUGCCAUUUACUGGGUUUGCGAAACCUGGGCGAAUUACUAAUUUUUACACAAUUAAGCGAGAGCACACUUUGCACAGAAUACAAUGUGCUGGUCUGGGUGGAGCGAUUGGGUGUGGAUAAAGGGCUCAUUGGAAUUUGAGAGAAUCGACCACUUAUUUCGUGUGACUCACCGAUGUCAACUACACAACUCGAAAGCCCCCAGAACAAAUGACUGAAGGCUAGCCUAAUUUUUUUGCUUUGUUUUUAAAAUUUCAUUUGUUCUGUAGGCCUAAGUGAUGCGUAGUUUUCUGGUGCACAUUAACAUUCGCGUUCAGUCAAAAUGAUAGCAUACAGUGGUGUCAGUAAUUUGGCUGUUCAGAUCAAAGUUUCAUAAGUAGGCACUAUAUGUCUAAGCAAUCGAGUCCAAACCCCCUGGAUGAGUCGUGUGUAGAGAGACCUCUUUCGGUGACAGGACGUAGUACAUCCUGUCAACUUAGAAACUUUUCUAUCCACGUUGGUUCCAACGUAUGCACAUAUCCCCAGUUGAAAAGUAUAUUUUAAAUAUUUUUUGAAUAAUGACUAAAACACACAUUUUUUUGGGGAAACUGUAAUUGUAUCACAUUGUGCAUACACAAUAAAGUGCAUACCGUAAACGUGCGAAUGCUAAAUACAUACAAAAACAAGAAGUCUGUUUAGAGAUCCGCUAAAAGCACCCAGUGGUCAUUAAUGCCAGAAAUACCUCCAGACUCACGUAUGCAGAGGUGUAAUGGGGUAUCAGAUAUGGAUACGCAGGGUUACUGACAUGAGACAUGAAAUAUCUAGGAUAAAACAAUUUUCUGUGUGGUACUUGGACAUUAAAAAUAUAAUUAGAUGUAUUCUUUUAUUUGCCGUUUUCUCAGAGUUGGAAGAAACCUUGGAUUUAUAAUGAAUAAACAAAGUAUGAUCAA